ACUUGAAACAUGUGACUAGAAUCUCCCCACCAAUGCACAGGCAACUUCUCAGCAACUGCAACAUGGGGAGCUAAUAAUGUAAAAAAUAGAUCGAAUGAUUGAAAAUUAUGAUUUUUUAAAGCUAGCUCAAUGUAUUUAUAUAUCUCCCACUUUGGUCAUCCUCUCAACUGUUCCACUGUAGUCCUUCAAUCAUCAGCGAUACAAACUAUACACAAGUCAAUAGCUGGUUGAUCGCCUGUAGAAUGCUUCCAGAAAUCAUGAGUCCCUUUGAGACCCAUCAAUUCGAUGUCUUGAAAUCAAUUUGCGACCAUCUUCUUCAGGAUGAUGAUGUUGCUGAGAAUGCUGCAGUUUUUGCAGCAAGGAGUUCGAGCUUCAGCGAUCUUUUGCUGACGGAAAGCUGGAGCGAACUGCCUCUGAAAGUCGACGACUCAGAGGACAUGGUUGUCUACGGCGCUCUGUGCGAGGCGCUCAGUUCUGGGUGGGGGAUGCCUUCGGUUUCGAAUCAAGAACUUGAUUCCGAAGUGGCGACCAUUGAUAAUGACACCAUUGGUCUGGAGGUGCAGAAGAGACCGGAGGAGAUGGUGGAGCUUGAGAUGCGAGCAUCGGUCAAGAAGGCGCAUUAUAGAGGAGUGAGGAGGCAGCCAUGGGGAAAAUAUGCGGCGGAGAUAAGAGACCUCAAGAAGAAUGGCGUGAGGAUUUGGCUUGGGACUUACGAGACGCCCGAGGAUGUGGCGUUGGCCUAUGACCGGGCUGCUUUCAAGAUGAGAGGGUCCAAGGCCAAGCUCAACUUCCCUCACCUCAUCGGCUCGGCCGAGUACGAGCCCGUUAGGGUCAGCCCCAAGCGUCGGUCCACCGAGCCUAGCUCACCGUCCAGUGAUGACGGGUCAACCAGGACGAAGAGGAGAAGGAGAGAGGUCGAUUCAGAUGCUGAGGUGGAGUUUGGAACUUCAAUCCCUUUUCCCAUUUUGGAUAUGGGCUUGUUAGGUGUGGACGAACAGUUUUUAUUUUGAUUGUGCGCACUGUCCAGACAUUUUCUUCAUUCUGACCCAAAAAAAAAAACAGACAUUUUCUUCAUCAAUGAAAAGUCAAUCAGGCAAUUUCGUGUUGUGCAAAGACUGUCAAUUUGGUUUUGCCUAUUCCAUUUCCUUGAGAGUUUGGUCAGAAAAACCAAAACCGUUUCUAAUUAUGGAUCUACCAAUACAAAAGUGACUAACAAAGUCAAAGAAUGCUUAGUGAAAUUUCCCUUAUAUUCCGGGAAAUAGCAGGCUCUAAAUUAAACAUAAAGAGCAAUAUACAGAGUCUAAGUCUUGAAAUAGAGUUCCCAGCUUUGUCAAGGUUCGAAAGACACAUAGCAUCAGGAGGAGGUUCGAACAAAAUACAAGAUGGUUCUUUCAGCAUCCUUUCUUUCUGAGCAAAGCUUAUCCACACAUCGGUUUCCUUC